CGGGAGAGAAGGAGGCGAACUAUGAUCUCGCGAGAUUAUCGAUUGUGUUGAUCUCGUCUCAUCGUGUUAUUAACGGAGCAUCCCGACCAUAAAUAUCAUCAAUAUCAGUAUCUUGGAAGUAAUGAGUGAAAAUACUGUAAGUUCAACAACUGCCAAUGACCUGGAUCUCAUAUACCUGAAGGGCAUCAUGGAGAGUCCUCAGGAGGAAGAAGAGGACCCUGAGCAGCUGCAUCUGUCCCCAGUGAGGAAGAACAACAUGGAGCUGCUGCAGGAGAUCCUGAGUGAUUUGGAUCCUUUCACACAUUGUUGUGACGCUGCUGCUGAACUCUCUCACUUGCUGACACAACCUCACGUCCAGUCAUUACUAGAAACUCACGAUUCAGUGGCGUCCAAAGAAGACGGCAGCCAACCUCCAAGUCCCUGCGACUUCAUGAGCAACGAGCGCCAUCGCGACCAAGUCUUCAGCAAGUUCCAGCCGCCGCCUGAUGCUGUGCGCAUGGUGGGCAUACGCAAAGUGGCAGGAGAAAACCUGGGUGUAACCUUCAAGGUGGAACAUGGCGAGUUAGUGAUAGCACGAAUCCUGCAUGGCGGAAUGAUCGACCAGCAAGGUCUGCUGCGUGUUGGUGAUGUCAUCAAAGAAGUGAACGGCAGAGACGUGGGACAGGAUCCUCGAGUCCUGCAGGAAGAACUGCAAGCUGCCAGUCAAGCUGUGGUUCUAAAAAUCCUCCCAAGCUACCAUGAAACUAAUCCCCCAAGACAGAUGUUCUUCAAGUGUCACUAUGACUACGAUCCAGCGUGUGACAACCUGAUUCCCUGCAGAGAAGCAGGGUUAAAGUUCCACACAGGAGAUAUUCUGCACAUCGUCAACCAGGAUGAUGUCAACUGGUGGCAGGCUCGGCAUGUGGAAGGCGGGCCCGCGGGUUUGAUUCCCAGUCAAAUGCUGGAAGAGAAAAGGAAAGCCUUUGUGAAAAAAGACAUUGAGCUUCUUCCUGCAGGUAACUUGUGCACAGGUGUUGGCGUGAAAAGAAAGAAAAAAAUGAUGUACGUCACCACAAAGAAUGCAGACUUUGACCGCCAUGAGAUCUUGCUGUACGAGGAGGUGGCCAAAGUUCCUCCCUUCAAGCGUAAAACUCUGGUGGUGAUCGGGGCUCAAGGUGUGGGAAGACGUCGCCUGAAGAACAUGCUCCUGCUCCGAGACCCUCAUCUUUUUGGAACCACCAUCCCGUAUACUUCCAGGAAGCCCAAAAAGGAAGAGCGCGAGAGUCGGACGUACGCGUUCACCAGCCGCAACAAGAUGGAGGCCGACAUCAAGAACGGUUGCUACCUUGAGUACGGCGAGUGUGACGGCAGUUUGUACGGGAUCAAGAUGGACGCCAUUCACGAGGUGGUGGAGGCGGGGCGCAUCUGCAUUCUGGACGCCCACCCUCAGUCUCUCAAAGUUCUGAGGACGUCCGAGUUUUUGCCGUUUGUGGUGUUCCUUCAAUCCCCAGACUUUGAGGUCCUCAAGGCUAAGAAUUGUCCCAGCGUGGAGGUGGACGAGUCGACCAAAGUUCUUUCAGAUGAGGAGUUGCAGAGAACGUGUGAAGAGAGCGCUAAAAUCCAAGCGGCUUACGGUCAUUACUUCGACUUCACCAUCCAGAACAACAACCUGGAGGAAAGCUACUGUCAGGUCAAAGCUGCCCUGGACAUGGUCUCCAGAAGCCAUCAGUGGGUUCCUGUCACCUGGGUCUUCUAGAACCUAUCGGUGGAUUCCUGUCACCAGGGUGUUCUAGAAGCCAUCAUUGGGUUCCUGUCACCUGGGUGUUCUAGAAGCCAUCAGUGGGUUCCUGUCACUUGGGUCUUCCAAAGCCAUCAAUGGGUUCCUGUCAUCUGGGUUUUCUAGAAACCAUCAAUGGGUUCCUGUCAUCUGGGUCUCCCAAAGCCAUCAAUGGGUUCCUGCCACCUGGGUGUUCUAGAAGCCAUCAGUGGGUUCCUGUCACCUGGGUUUUCGGAAGCCAUCAAUGGGUUCCUGUCAUCUGGGUCUUCUAGAAACCAUCAGUGGGUUCCUGUCACCUGGGUUUACUAAAAGCCAUCAGUGGGUUCCUAUUACCUGGGUCUUCUAGAAGCCAUUAGUGGGUUCCUGUCACCUGGGCCUUCUAGAAACCAUUAGUGGGUUCCUGUCACAUGGGUUUUGUAGAAGCCAUUAGUGGGUUCCUGUCACCUGGGUCUUGUAGAAGCCAUUAGUGGGUUCCUGUCACCUGGGUCUUAUAGAAUCCAUUAGUGGGUUCCUGUCACCUGGGUCUUGUAGAAGCAAUUAGUGGGUUCCUGUCAUCUGGGUCUUAUAGAAUCCAUUAGUGGGUUCCUGUCACCUGGGUCUUAUAGAAUCAAUUAGUGGCUUCCUUUCACUUGGGUCUUCUAGAAGACAUUAGUGGGUUCUUGUCACCUGGGUCUUCUAGACGCCAUAAGUGUUUUCCUUUCACCUGGGUCUUCUAGAAUCCCCGAGCAGUGGAACACCAUGGGAACCAUUGAGGUUUGUGAUGAUACAAAUACCAGCGCCAACGUGGAUCCCAACUUUCAGAACUGGAUCCCAGCCACAGUGCCAAACUCGGAGUGUGAACACUGCAGUAUUCAUGUGUAACUUUUUGUGUGUUUAUUCAUCAAAAAAAAGAUGAAUUUGUGUUUUGGUUUUGAAAAGUGUCCCAGUUUUACCUUGAUCCUGGUGCUGGUUAUUAAAAUGUCAAUCAUGUACA